AACGGGGUGAUGAGUACUUCCGCUCCUGAACAACAGGCGGCGUGCUCACGGACGGACCUAUGAAGAGCGUGCUGCUCUUCCAAACACUCCGCUACCGCAAAACAAGACGCCAGGACAUUAGUUCCCACUACUGUCUCCUGAAAACAAAGACUGCUUAUGCUGUCCUAAAGGGGUUUUAUCCAAUAGAUUCAACGAGGCAUGGUUUAAGACUGAACUUGACAUAUUUUGCGAAUGGCCUGAGAUAAAUACAACGUUUAAAGUUAUUUUUUCUUUUACGUCUAGUGUGUUUUUUCACACAACAAUGUCGUCUCCCGUGGAUUUCCACUCACAGAUUGCAUCCAUCAUAGAGGUCUUGGCUAACGCGGCCGUUUCCAAGAUCUGCAAGGUUGUGGACGACGGAUAUGCUGUCGUUCAUCUCGAGGUAACUCAGAACCAGAAGGACAACGAGUUCCUCCGCAGGAAGGUCCGACUCCUGGAGCUGCAGGUCGCUAAGUACCGGGCGGAGAGAAUGAUUGGACCCGAGGGGACUGUCCGCUUCCCUGGCGCUCGCAUACUGGGCAGACCGCACCGCGAAGCCCUGGCAGGUCCGUUCCCCCAGGGCCGGCUUCGGGGGCUGGGCCGCUGCCAGAAGACCCCCCCCUUACCCCGGGACCAGGACCCCCACCAGCAGGUCGUGACCUCCACCAAGAUGGAGGCUGCGGAGGCGGAGCCUUUGAGGAUCGUGAAGGUGGAGGGGGCGGAGCCUAGCGAGUCAGACCACACCUCCAACAGACCAGACGCCGGCUCGGGGCCGACGCCCCUUGCUGGACCCGAGGAGCCGCGCAGCCAAUCGGAGGUCAGUGGAUCAGAUGCCCUCUCCUUGCUUUUCACCAGCGGCUGCUCACAGGAGCCACUAACAGGAAGUGAUGUCAGAGCGGGUAGUCAGCUGUUUCCUGUCGAGCAGAAAGAGGGACGCCAGAGGCAGACGUGGUCCGACACCACAGCGGCGUUCACUCAAACUCUUUCUUCAUGUGACGACCGUACCGUCGCCGCGGUGAUGGUGGUCGACGACGACGAAGCGGAGGACUAUCUCUGGUCGGGCGGGCUUCAAAAAGAGCAUGAGAGGGGGAGAGAGGAGCAGGGAUGGAGAGAGGAGAGGAGGAGAGAGGAAGAGCAGGGAUGGAGAGGGGAGUCCUUCACCGCAGGUCUUGGGUUCAUUGCGCCAGGACUGUCGCUAUCAGAAAGCCUCCCAGCUAGCUCCGCCCACAAACUCCACUACAGACCCCCGUUGACCCCUGACCCCGGGCGUCUCGCCCCCCACGGCUGCGGCAUCUGCCGCAAGCGCUUCGGCCAGGAGGCGGAGCUACAGAAGCAUGCGGCGUGCCACCGGCGCCGGCGGGCCCACGAGUGCUCGCUGUGCGGGAAGAGCUUUGUUAGCAGAAGCAAGCUGGACGUGCACGGCUACGUGCACACGGGGGAGCGGCCCUUCAGCUGCACCGUCUGCCCCCGGCGCUUCUCCCAUCCCAGCAACCUUAGGAGACACCAGAAGCUCAUGCACAACCACUGACCCCAACUGGGGUCAGUGAUACAGGCAUUACAUCUCCACCCCCCCACUGACCUCUGGAGGUGAGUGCACACUAGUGGUCCUCGGUCCUACCUGUGGGCGUCAGAGACUCAGACAACAUAAGGCUUCAUGGAUCCUUACAGCGCUCGCGCCGCAGCAACAGGUUUGAUUGUUGAAUGAAGUCUGCUUGUUUGUAUGUCUUUGCACACGUUUUGAAUAAAUCCUAUAAGAUUCUG